AUUUGCCAUGAAACCAAAACCUCGUGUCAUUCUCUUUGCCAUUUAGACACCAACCAGGAUCGACAAAGCCUCAAAGUCGAAUUAUAAGCUUUCAAGCCUCAAGGCCCUAAUUCUUUGAGAGCUAUCAAYUGCACAAGUGGCAUCCUGGAUAUGGGUGGGGUGCUCUGUGCUCUUCAAUCUGCUGCAAUAACAGUCCGCGACUGGGCUUGGCAGUGURCUAAAGCGGGUUUCGACUUUUUGAAAAGUGUUUUCCAAGGAUUUGCAAAUUUUAUGUCCAAUGUGGUGGACUUUAUCAAAGAUCAGUUUUCCAAGUUGCGUUUCCAAUUCUGCUAUUCCGAUCAGACGGCAAGUGCGUCAACAUCCACUUCAGAAGACGGACUGACACGUCGCGUUGAGGUCAACCAAAAAAGUGUUCAAGUUGAAGUGCGUUAUAAUCAAGAUGAAACAAAGCCUGAUGAAAUCCAAGCAAUAAAGGAACAGAAUCUGAAGAAUUUGGGAGACAUUAAAAAGGUAGUUGAUCAAGCUUUUGAGUUGAUGCAAGCAGACGUUCAAGCAUCAGCAAAUGAUGAUCCYAUAGAACAAGCCAAAACAGCUGAAAAAAUGCAGCAAUUCAUGAAUGGAGGUGAUGUGACAAAGCUCAUCGAAAAGAUGGAUUCAGCUCCAAAUACUCUUGCAUAAAAAUCACAUUGUAAUCAAAUCCUGGUUCAUCCUAGCUAUAUAUGUUUAUACGACGCUCACACAGGCCUGGUCCAGUUAGUAUGCCCUAAAACAUAGGUCGCCUGAAACUUGACCUGCUCCAUGUCAAAAAAGUAGACACAGCAAAAUUGUUGCCAUUGGCCGGUCAUGCAGGUCUCCUGAUCUAGAUCUAGCAAAACACAAAAUACGAAACGAAAUCAUGUACCAGUAAAUAAAUAUCUUUAUCAUAUAAUUAUCUAUGAAAUACCUAGUAGACUUAGUAUAUUUCUCCAUUUCGUAAAAUUGAUAUUUUCACUAGUGAAAAUAAUAUUUCACUAGUGAAAAUAACACAUUCGAGGUUUCUCUUUAUAGUAAAAGCAAGGAAAGACUGACUGAGGUAUUUUACGACAUAAUUUGCUUUCAUAUGUACAUGUAAUUAUAUGAUAAACAGAAUAUUACAUGGUCGCUUGGAGAUACGAAUUUUAUCUUCUCGCUAUGCUCACUCGUGAGAGAUCUUUUC